AUGGCAUCCGGAUCCUUCUACGUCUCAGCCAACCAGCAGCGCUCUUUGCGCGCAUGCAUGGUUUGCUCUAUUGUCCAGCUACACAACAAAUUCAUGAAUGAAGGCUGCCCAAACUGCGAAGCCGUGCUGAACCUCCGCGGAAACUCUGAAGCGAUACAAGAUUGUACCUCGCAGGUCUUUGAAGGAUUGGUUGCCUUGGCUGACGAGCGCGCUUCAUGGGUAGCUCGUUGGCAGAGACUGGACGGGUAUGUUCCUGGAACAUAUGCCGUGAAGGUUGUGGGGUCGCUACCGCCUGAGGUAUUGAGUGACUUGGAAGAUGCGGGAAUAACCUAUAUUCCGUAUGUGAUAAGACUGUAUGCUUGA